UAGGAGGGAGCAUCCUCUUGGUUUGCUUCUCCGUUUUGCUUGUUCACGGCCCCCGUCUUGUCUCUCCGCCUUCAUCCUCUCCCCGGAUACCUCGCCUCCACGAGGCGGAAGCGCUCGCCACGCCAUUGUCCUUGUUGUGUUUUUCUGUUGCAUCGCUAACUAAUCCACCUCCCUUCCUCGUCACAGCCCAGUCUGUUCCUUUCGCCUCCCCCUCUCCCGCCGCAUCUGGGAGCCUCUGGUCGAGUCGUUUGAAGUUGUAACUGCUGCGAGUAGAGCGGUGCCGCGGAGAUUGUUGGGCUAGUCGUAAGAGAGAAGGAGAGGGACAAAGAGAGAGCGAGCCAUUUGUUAUGGCUGAGGCGGAGGAAUUCCGUUGUUUCGUUGGUGGUUUGUCGUGGAAUACCACGGACAAGGGGCUAGAAGAAGAGUUCCGGCACUUCGGCAACGUCCUUGAGGCCAAGGUUAUUGUUGAUAAAGAAACGGGUCAUUCUCGAGGCUUCGGGUUUGUUAACUUUGGAGAUGAGCGCUCCAUGGAGGAGGCCAUUGAACGGUUGCACGGCAAAGAACUUGACGGUCGUCCCAUUACUGUGAACCGUGCAAAGCCUAAAGGUAGGGACGGUGGAGGUGACCGUGGAUAUGGUGGUGGUGGAGGUGGUGGUAGAGGCGGAGGCGGUGGUGGUGGUGGUGGAGGAGGAGGUGAUUGUUUCAAGUGUGGACAGCCUGGCCAUUGGGCACGCGAAUGCCCAUCUAGUGGAGGUGAUCGCGGUGCGGGUGGCCGGUACUCUGGUCGCGAUCGCUACGAUAGUGGAAGCGAUCGGUAUGGUGGAGGUGAUCGUUAUGGUAGCGGUGGAGGUGGUGGCCGUUAUGGCGGUGGUCGUGGAAGUGAUCGUUACGGUGACCGCUCCGGGGGACCUGACCGUAAGAAUGGGGGACCUUAUAACAGGGAGAGUCGUUCAGAAUACGGUCGUGACAGGGACAGCAACCGGGGCAGUGACCGUUAUGCAGGUGGUGACCGAUAUGCAGGUGGUGGUGGUGGUGGAGGUGCUUCACGUUACGAGGGUAGUACUAGAGAUCGUUCAGGACCCUAUGACCGGCCUAGUGGUGGAUCCCGAGGCCACGAUGAUCGUUAUUGAGGAGAGACUAUUAUGCUGAAGAUGAUACCCCGCUGAAUGGACCACAUUUUAUUUCAGCGGAAACGAAGAAGUCCUUUGGGUUUGACUGCAACCGGCUAUACAUAGAGGUUGAAGGUUUACUUUUGCGAGUGCUAGUUAUGGGAGGAAGUAUGCUGUAUUUCUGACUGUUCUUUUGGUGCGAGUUGAGAAACCAGAACCAGGCAAAGUGAUGAGGAGGAUUGGUUUGACUUGUUGAGCUUGUGGUAGAGAUUGGGAGUCACCAAUGGCGGAAAACAUUACCAGUUACAUUCAGCGUUUUUUUUUGCACGGAUGUGCCGAUUGACCUGGAUGCCUGUUCAUCUGAGAUUUCUUAUUCAAUAUCCCGCAAAGUUUCAAGUUCUCAUUGGCAGUGUGCUCCGUCUGCAUCUGGUCCCAGCUCCCUGUGAUUGGUUCUGCAGCAAUUCAUUAUCUCUGAUAUACCUGGUUUUUUCCUGUGGUCAUGGAGAGUAUUGACGGCCGCUGGGCACUAGGGCAGUGUAAGUUGGAUGGCGGAUAUACAUUGUGGGGAGAAUAUAGAGCCCCAUUCUGACAAAGAGGAAGUAAGAGGCUGGGUUCUGUUCUACAUCUCUGGCCUUCGUAUGUGAUGGAAGGUAUACGUAACGCGGGUGAAAGCUGUCCUCUCGUUCUCUUACAAGUCAUUUUUGCUAGUGUUUCAAUACCUCCAAGGUUUGGAAAUGGGAUUCUCUGUCUGGCAGCUGUUAUUGACCACAAAUCCUUUUGCCACUUGGAACUGGAUUGUUGGUUCUGAUUGAUUGUUUGCAGGGGAGGAAGGUCAGUAUUUCCUUACCUUUGUGUAAUCAAUCUUUUCUUAAAUCAUGAGAGGUAUUCAUUUUGGUUAGACAUGCUUCGUGCUUAUGUAGUUCAAGAUUUUUUUCAUUUUAUUAGUUUAUCUUUCUCUUUACUGAGGUUGUUGCGGGUUGGUUGGAGCCUACAGGGGAUGCAACACACUGGGUCACCCUUUGUAGCAUCCGUUCCUGAAGGAGUUCCACAGUUUUGUUGACGCCGGGUUAGUGAUUUGGUCUAAGGCCGCGUAAGUGUUUGGGGCAUCAGUGUUGGGCAGCAUGGAGACUAGUGGUUGUAUCGCGGAGAAAUGACCAGGAUUUUAUAGAAGGUGUCAUCAUCUAAGAGAGGCGUGUGUUCGUACUGUUUGGAUGUUGGACCCAUACUUGCGACAAGUCUACAACUGUCAAAAGCGCAGUUCGUAUGCGUUCCUUAAUCUGGUGAACUUCCGUUCAGUCUAUCGAUGAAUGGAGGUGUCACCAAUGCUGCUGAGCGCAUAAUUAGCCAAGGAUACAAAGGUGUACAUCCUGAAGCUGGCCAUUCCAUUGUUGACUUCGCGACAUGUUCUGUCCAGCGUUCAGUUGUUACCCGUCCAUACCCGCUCACUGGUCUGGUGAUCUUGGGCUCAGUUGUUCCACACACGGAGGUGUCACCUGUACUGCGAUCCGUUUAAGUAGCCAAGGAUUGCAAAAGACUUCCUCAAGAAUUCGGCCGCUUUGUUGUGUAUUUUCGACUUAAUCUGGAGUUGAGCUUUCGGCAGAAUCGGAGCUUCUCAUCUUAUUGAUUCUGAAGCAGUUCACAAUCCUAGGCAAUCUGGUUGCAUGUGCAUUGUUGGAAUCCAUCGUGUUUGGAAUUGGGAGAUUUUUGCUUCUUGGGAGUUGGAGAUGAAGUAAUAAGUGUUAUGAACUGACGACGUGGCCUCACCACCGGACUGGGUGUUAUGCACACUUGAGAAGCUACAAGUGCCUUGGGAUGAUCACAUGUUUACAGUUUGUAACGAGAUGGAGUCGCAGUUAGCCUGACAACUGAAUAAUCAUCUCUGAAUGAAAGCUGCUCUGAAGGAGAUUGUUGUUGAGGUUGCUGAGUUUUUAAUAACGAUAAGUCCUGCAUCAGCAUCAGCAUAAACCGUAUGACAUGGUGAGGGAGGGUAGUAUUUCUUUCAGCCACGCUGCUCUGAAGCGUUACAAAUUGCUUUGCUGCUUCUGGUUCUAUCUAUUACUGACAACUUCUGUUGUGUCUUGAGUUGUGUAUUUUCUAUGCCGUACCUUUCUAUUGCCAUCUGUGGUGCCGUGCAGGUUUCAUUACGUUUGGGAUUCUAAAGAACAUAAUGGAGCGGGAAGGAAGUUCGAGUUCGAAUUCAUGACAAGGUUCAAUGCAAGUCUCAUUCUUUUGGACUUGAAAUGAGGAUGAACAUUUAAUUUUGGCUUCAAGUCAUAGUUCUACAGUUGUAGUGGGAGAUUUCCAGGAGUGUUUAACUGUGGAAGUUGGAUUCUAGUAUUAGACUUCACCAGUGGUUUUUAUUUCAAAGUACGGAAAUAUUGUACCGCUUAUCUGUUUUGUUCAAGUUUCAGGCCAUGUAAUGUAGCGAAGUUUCAAUGAUGAUCGAGCCGAACUCAAAAGUC